AUGUCUGGUGUUCUCAAGGAAUUCGCUAAGAUUCUCAUCUCCCCUGGCAACAAGGUUGACUACCCUGCCAUUGGAUCCAUGGUCGAGAUGCACUACGACGGCCGUCUCUAUGACAAGGACGCUCCUGACGGCAUGGGCAAGAAGUUCGACAGCUCGUACGACCGCGGUUCUCCCCUUGCUAGCAAGAUCGGCGUCGGCCGUCUCAUUCAAGGUUGGGACGUUGGUGUUCCCCAGAUGAGCCUGGGCGAGACUGCUUACCUGCAGAUUCCUUACGCCAUGGGCUACGGUGACGGUGGCUACCCUCCCGUCAUUCCCCCCAAGGCCGACCUCAUCUUCAAGGUUGAGCUCGUCAGCAUCAACGGAAAGCGUGCUUAG